AUGAAUUUCGGCGGUACUCUAAGAUUUAACAAAUUUGCUUGUUUUACGCUAGGUUUUAUUUUAUUUCUAAUUAUUUAUUGGCGCUCUGGUGGUUCAGGAUAUCCCAUUGAAAAAGAUGACCUAAUUAAUCUGAAAUCUUUACUUAAAGCCGCUAUAUAUGCCGCCGAGCGAGGUGGUAAGAAAGUAAUAGAUGGCAAGAAUCACGAUUUAAAUAUUAAGAGUAAGGGGAAGACGAAAGAAGGUUUAAACGACCCCGUCACUGAUGCAGACUAUGCAUCUCAUUGUGCCAUGUACUAUAGCCUUAAAAAUACAUUUCCGAAUUUAAAAAUUAUAUCAGAAGAGCAUUCAAGUGAUGACCCGAGUUGUAAAAAGCAAGAAAAGAUAGAUGUUGACUCGGUGAUAGCUGAUCACAGGAUUAUAGAACACUUGAAUGAUGAACAUGUAUUAACCAAUCAAGUUACUAUGUGGAUUGAUCCCCUUGAUGCAACAAAAGAAUAUACAGAGGGACUAUAUGAGUAUGUGACGACCAUGGCGUGUGUAGCCAUCAAUGGAGUGCCAAUAGUGGGUGUUAUACACUACCCAUUCCCUCCUCGAACUUAUUGGGGCUGGUUCACAAAGAAGACAUCCAGUAACAUUGCUAAUAUACAACAUAUGGCUGAGAACAAGGAACAUCCAAGGGUUGUUAUCUCACGUUCACAUCCAGGUAAAGUUGAAGAUUUAGUUAAAAGAUCGUUCGGCCCAAAGACCACAGUGAUUCAAGCGGCCGGCGCGGGAGACAAAGUCAUGGGCGUGGUGAAUGGUAACUUCGACGUUUAUCUACACGCUACGGCCAUUAAGAAAUGGGAUCUUUGCGCGGGAAACGCCAUCAUAAAAGCUGUUGAUGGCAAAAUGACGACCCUUAAAGGGGAAGAUAUUAAUUAUUCAUCUGACAGCGAACCUAAAGUUACAGAUGGUAUUCUAGUAUCGAGAUAUGACCACGAUUAUUAUUUGAGUAAAAUACCCAAAGAAAACGCCUGA